AUGUUUUCAAUACUAGAUGCUGCUUUUUUGAAAGACAAAACCAAAGCAGACACUGCAAAGAAAGUGGCAGCUGCUAAAAAAGAGAAAAUCAGAAUUCAUGCAGGGGCAAAAAAAGAUCCAUCUGCAAAACAUAAAACAAAAACUGCUGCAGCUCCUAAGAAAGAGCCUGCGGCUGAACGACAGAAGAGGAAAUCAGCCUCUGAAAAGACAGUGGCACCUAUCAGGAGCAAAGUGAAGGCAUCGACAGCUAAGACAGAUCCAGAACCACGUCCACAGCCACUCAGACUGAGACCGAGACUUGACAUUGGCAGGAGGGCAAAUGUAACCUCUGAGGCCCACGAGGAGAAACCUGCCAGAUCUGAACCAGCCAAGACAAGAUCAAAAUUAUUGGCAGCAAAGAAAAGCCAAGCAGAGAAGGCUGAAAAGAAAUCUGUCAAAGAGACUCAAGAAAAAGAGAAACAAGCAUCAAAAACUGGUAAGUACUCGAGCAUGAAAGUUUUCUAUAUGCACGGUAAAUAAUUUCUAGUCUCCAUAGAGAGUAUUGACACUUAUUAGAAUUAUUUGUGUUUCCAGAAGUUUAAUUUCAAUGGAGUGUGCUUCAUUCAAGAGGCUUUAUCAGUGCUGCUGAUUAAAGACUUAAACAUUCCUGGUUCUCUUUUGGUUACUGAUACGACCUCUGAGCUAGUAAGGUAUCUGACAUCAGUAACAUUUCCUGAUAGUCAGUAUUGGGAUACAUUUAAAGUUAACUUGUUAGAAUCCAGUUUUAUUUCAAAUUUAAAAAAAAAGUCAUCUGUUAUGUUACAGCAUUAGUGGGAAUUAAGACUUUUGAGUUCUUUAGAAUUAGUUUUUGGUUUUAGUUUAUCAUAUUGUUCAGAGGGGCCGAGCUUGUUUAUUUCCCUCACACUGACAGUUUUUGGUAAAAUCUAGACAUUGUGGUUUUGGAGCUGUAGCAUCGACACCAUUGUCCUCCUCAUCAGCCAUACUGACCUUGCUGUGCUUGUUCUAAAUGUGAAGCUGCGCUCUUUCAAAGCUGGCAGAUAGUUAUCAUCAUCUAGGCACAAAAUAAUAUGAAUACUUCUGCAAUGUAAACACCGUCCUCUCUGUCAUCUUGCUUGUCAAUCUGACUGAAUGCAUCAGGGAUUUUGCUUUUUCUCUUCUCGUAAGGAAGAGGCAGACAUGGUUCCAUGUCAGGGGUUGGUGACAAUAAAAUAAUGCAGACAAAAAUAAAAGACUAGAAAAAUGCUUUCUACUAUCAAAGCAUUUUGUUCUUCAGUAUACUUUUGAAAUUCUGGGUAAAAGGAG